GCCAGGGACAUCCACAGGGAUCCAAGGCUCAGCCAAUCACCGAGCGUCCCGGCCCCACCGAGUUAUAUUUAGGUCGAUUUUGCCAUCGAAAAGGACCCUUAUUUUGAGUCUAAUCAUAGCGUGGCAGGGAACCCACCGGACUAACCCGCCUCCUCUGGGCGGAAUGACAACAUACUAUGCUGGGCAAUUAAUGGCCCUCCUUGCAUUGAGACAUGAGAUAAUACACUGCCAUUUCAGAGGAGGAGCUGCUAAAUUUGGGAUUUGGUCGAGGUCAAGCAAAGGUAUAAAAGGGUGCUGGUUGCCGUCAGUAAACAUGUUCUCAUCAUCAUAAUUCUCAUCCUCCUCACUCAUAAACACAACUUCAAACAACACUCUCCAAUCCUUUAUAACACAUCAUCAAAAUGCAGCUCAAGCACCUCCUCUUCACUGCCGCUACUGCUGCCGCUCUCCCGGCCACUGACGCCUCUUCCAGCGAGACCUUCGGCGUCAUCGCCAUCAGCUCCGGCAGCGGUGUGCAGAACUCUGCCUUCAACGCCGCCAAGAGCAGCAUUUUUGCCGGUCUUAAGAGCCAGAAUGCCAGCUGUGACCGUCCCCAGGAGCAGUUCGCCACCUUCUACAUCAACCAGGGUUCUCUCUACCUGUAUGACGCGUCUGCGACUCCUCAGGAGAUCUUUGUUGAUGCCUCCGGCAUGGGCCAAGGUGUGAUCCAAUACACGACCGGUGCUCAGCCUGCUUCCGGAGCCCGUGGCGGCUGGGCCAUUGACAGCAACAACCACCUGCAAUACAAUGGAAAGGAUCUGAUUGCCUGCCCCAACAGCAUCGAUGGAGCUUGGAGUAUCUGGGCUGACGCCGAUGUUGAGAACCCUGGUGGCAACAAGGACUGUGUCGGAAUUGCUGCUCGGAUUGAGAAGACCACCAACCCCAACGGCUGCGUCUACACUCAGUAG